AUGUUUGUAUCUUCCUUUUUGUGUCCUUCUCUUUCCAUCUAUCUAUCUAUCUAUCUAUCUAUCUAUCUAUCUAUCUAUCUAUCUAUCGUUGCAGUGAACGACAGAAAUACACUCUGUUUUAAUUUGUUCAUAUCUAAAUUUGUUCAUUUCACUCUCUCCGUUUAUCUAUCUAUCUAUCUAUCUAUCUAUCUAUCUAUCUAUCUAUCUAUCUAUCUAUGUUUAUCUGAGCCAUGUAUCACAAUGCAUAGGCACCCUAUCCCCGCCAGAGGUCAUCGUAUCACGGAGCUUCACAUGAACAAACAAAAUAAGAAGUCACUGUCUCAAUUCAUCCUUCCGGUUGAUAAAAUCCUCUGUCACACAUAUCUAUCAUCUAUCUAUUCAUCUAUCUAUCUAUCUAUCUAUCUAUCUAUGUACCUUUUAAAAUACGUUAAAAUUAUCUUUCUUUCUGUCUCUCUUUCUCCAUCUAUCUAUCUAUCUAUCUAUCUAUCUAUCUAUCUAUCUAUCUAUCUAUCUAUCUAUCUAUCUAUGCUACAUAAGCCUAGUUUUGUCACACUAAGGUACACAAUCAUACUGGAAUUGAUUUCUUGCUUAACAAUUACGUAG